UCGAAGAUUCUCCAUUUCCAAAUAAACUUCUUUUUCUUCCUAACUUGAACCUUUUUCAUUUCAACCUUCGACAACCCUUCAUGGCUUCCAAUACUCUUAGCACCACAACCAUGAACGAUGUCUUCACUAAACCUGCCAUUUCACCGAGAGGUGCCUACGUUACUUUCUUGGCAGGUAACGGAGACUACAUCAAAGGCGUGGUGGGUCUAGCCAAGGGGCUGAGGAAGGUGAAGAGCGCUUAUCCGCUCGUGGUGGCUGUCCUGCCUGAUGUUCCGGCAGAGCAUCGCCAGAUUCUCGAGUCUCAGGGCUGCAUCAUCAGAGAGAUAGAGCCUGUGUACCCACCUGAGAAUCAAACUCAAUUCGCCAUGGCUUAUUACGUCAUCAAUUACUCCAAACUCCGUAUCUGGGAGUUUGUGGAGUACUCCAAGAUGGUAUACUUGGACGCUGACAUACAAGUAUACGAGAACAUUGAUCACCUUUUCGAUCUUCAAAAUGGUUACUUUUACGCAGUAGUGGAUUGUUUCUGCGAGAAGACAUGGAGUCACACUCCACAGUACAAGAUCGGGUACUGCCAGCAGUGCCCGGACAAGGUCAAGUGGCCAGUUGAGAUGGGUUCACCUCCUCCACUCUACUUCAACGCCGGCAUGUUCGUGUACGAGCCCAGCCUUUCCACCUGCGAUGACCUUUUGCAGACUCUCCAGGUCACUACUCCGACUACUUUUGCAGAGCAGGACUACCUCAAUAUGUUCUUCAAGGACAUCUAUAUACCCAUUCCGCAAGCCUACAAUCUGGUCGUGGCCAUGCUAUGGCAUCACCCUGAGAAUGUCGAUUUGGAGAACAUGAAAGUCAUCCAUUACUGUGCUGCGGGAUCAAAGCCCUGGAGGUACACCGGUGAGGAAGAGAACAUGGACAGAGAUGACAUAAAGAGGCUGGUCAAGAAGUGGUGGGACAUUUAUGACGACGAGACUUUGGAUUACAAGAAGCCGUCAAAAGGCAGAGCCCGACAGCCGUUCGUUGCAGCGUUGUCGGAGGCUGGCGUUGUCAACCACAUUAAGUCGCCGUCGGCUGCUUAGGGUGGAUCUUGUGUAUAAAUUAGGAUGGCCCGACUUGAUAUAUGGCCAAACUGGCCUAACUAUUGAUUGGAAAAAUAUAUGUAAAGAUGCACAUGUUUCGUCAUUUAUUUAUUUUUUUGGUA